ACCCCGAGGUCAGUGUGUGGUCUUUGACCGCUAGUAGGCCGCCUCCCCAUUCCGGCCGAAACCAAACCAAACCCUCGCCUCGCCGCCAUGGCCGACGGCACCGGCAGCGGCAGGUCCCGUCUCAGCGCCCUCCACCACGACAUCCUCCAUCACAUCAUCACCUACCUCCCCGUCACGGAAGCCGCCGGCGCCGCCGGCCUCGCCCGCGACUGGCGCCACCUCUGGCGCUCCUACCCGCUCGUCCUCAAGGAUGCCCGCAUCCCCGAGGCCGCGCGCGACGCCGUAGUCCCCCGAGUCCUCCACGACCACCCGGGCAACUUCCGCGCCGUCAUCCUCCCCGACUGCAGGCUCGCCUCACUGGACCGUGAGCUCCCCGCCUGGCCGCGCCUCCUCGUCGACAAGCGCACGGAGAAACUCCUUCUCGCCUACAGAUGGGUCAUGGACCAGCCCAACCCCGCGCGCCUUCUUCCCGCCGACAUCCUCCGCUGCGACUCGCUCCAGGAGCUCACCCUGGACUUCUGGACGUUCCCCAGCGGCACCGAGGUCCUUCUUCCCCGCCUCAGGACUCUCACCAUGGUAAGGAUUGGCACAAGCGAUCAGGAUCUGGAGUCCUUGAUCGCUGCCAGCCCCGUUCUGCAGUCCCUUAGGCUCAUCGUCAAUAGCCCCAAGCACGUCCGGCUCCGCAGCAAAAGCCUCAUGUGCGCGCUCGUUGGGCUAUCCACGGUGGAGGAGUUGACCGUGGUGGACACGCCGCUCCUGGCGCGGCUUUGCUUGUUCGUGCCUCGUAAUGGUGUGAGGAUCAGGAUCGUUUGUGCUCCCAACCUGCGGGCGCUCGGCUACCUGGACACAAGAGUUCUCAAGCUGCAGAUUGGUGACAGCGUCGUCAGGUCAGACAGAAUGGUGAGCGCAAGCACUGUAGUUCCAAGCGUCAAGAUAUUGGCGUUGACUGUGAAUUUUGGUGUCUUCGAGGAGAUCAAGAUGCUGGCCAGCUUCCUCAGAUGCUUUCCCAAUGUUGACACGCUGCAUAUCGAGUCUGCACUGCAUGGUCCAUCUGUAACUGCCAACGAACCCACUUGGGAGCAUCAUGCCAAGUUCUGGCAGGAGAUCAGUCCAAUCUUUUGCUUGAGAUCACAUGUCAAGAAGAUGGUUAUUCACGAUUUCCGAGGGGAUCAAAAUGAGUUUGAAUUCCUCAAGUUCGUCGCCAUGAAUGCCGAGGAGCUACAGUCCUUACUGGUUGCGUCGCACAAAGAAAUUUUGUCUUCGGCUGACAAGGUGAAUGAGAUAAAAGACGAAUUGCAGUGUCUACAGUUUCCAACAAGCAUCUCUGCAGUGCUACGGGUAUCACCUAAAGCUGCCAUUCUUUGGCGCUUGAGGAAAGCGUGCAUUCUUACAAUCGAUGACCCUUUCGAGUGCUGAACCCAUGGUUAAUUCGCUGUCUCUCUGCAGUGCUACAGGUGUCACCCAAAGCUGGUGAUGUUUUGCGCUUGGAGAAAGCAUGUAAUCUUACAGUUGAUGACCCUUUUGAGUGCUGAAUACAUGGUUAUUUCGCUGUGUGUUUACGUGAUUGAUCCGUGCCUUUUGAAGAAUCGCUGAGUGUUCCUGUAAGACCUUGUUGUUCAGUUUGUAGGCAUGCCUUCUCUUGAGAUAUGCAGGUGGCUGAAUUUUUCUGCUACCAUGAGUAUAUAAGAAUUGAAGAUUACAGAAGUACUACUCCCUCCGUCUCGAAUUACUUGUCGCAGGUAUAGAUGUAUCUAGAUGUAUUUUAGUUCUAGAUACAUCCAUUUCUGCGACGAGUAAUUUAGAACGGAGGGAGUACAUGAUAGAACACUGGCAUUUUCAUGUGUCUGUAAUAUGACAGCAAUGUGCUUCUGAAAUCUGAAUAUCGUGCGCC